AUGUUGGAUGGGGAUGAUUCCUUCGAUCAUCUCUUCAAAGUGGUGUUGAUUGGCGACAUGGGGGUGGGGAAGACGUGCUUAGUACAAAGGUUCCGCAACGGAGUAUUUUUGGAAAAACAGGGAACAACAAUUGGGGUCGACUUUAAUGUGAAGACAUUAGUGGUGGAAGACAAAAGCAUCAAACUUCAAGUUUGGGACACUGGGGGUCAAGAACGGUUCAGAACGAUUACUCAAAGUUACUAUCGUUCAGCUCACGGAAUAGUUCUCUGCUACGAUAUAACUUGUCGGCAAUCAUUCGAAUCUCUUCAUCGAUGGAUCGAAGAUGUAUCCAAAUUCGCUGUCCCGAACGUAGCCAAGGUCUUAGUCGGUUUGUUAGAAAAAGGUGAUUUAUUCUGCUUUAGGAACAAAAGCCGAUUUGGAAGAUCGGAGAAUGGUGGAGUUCGACGAAGGCCUUUCCCUCUCCAAAGCCCAUAACAUGAUCGGAUUCUUCGAAGUUUCUUCCAAGAACAAUGUAAAUGUAGAUUCUGUGUUCUUUGAAAUGGCGUUGCAAUUGAAGAGCCAAUACGAUGUGGGACGAUUGCAGGACAAUGGAUACGGGCAAUUCAAACUCAGUUAUCCCGAAACAAUGGCCAUUACCGGUGGAUGGCGGAGUUGUUGUGGAUUAUAA